UUCAUCCGUGGAAAGUCUACGAGUAACACCCCCAUCGAGCGGCACUGGAAGACUAUAGGCGAACGCUUUACCCAGAAGUAUGCCCGGACCUUUGCACAACUGGAAGAACAACACGAUCUUGAUGUUGACGAGCCAGUCGAUAUCUUCUGCCUGCACUAUUGCUUCCUUCCUCUUAUCAACCGGACAAUCUCCACCCAUAUCGUUGCCCACAACAGCCACGGCAGCACAACCAAGGGUGAACGAGGGUGGAGUCCCUACAAGAAGUGGCUGGACGGGAAUCUCAAAGCUCAAGCGAGGGGGAUGGACCUUGACCUUUUCCCCAACGACGCAGUCAUUGACGAC